AUGAAGCCAAAUAAUGAAAGUUUAAAAGGGCUUUAUCAAUAUGAAACCCUCAAACACUAUGAUUACAAAAUACCACUAUCCGAUAUUCCUUAUUUACCUCCAAAUGCAAUUCAACAAUUUCAUAAAACGUUAAUAUUUUUUAUUAAGAAACAAUUGCCACUUCAUUUUAAAAAAACAGGAAAACAAACAAUCAAAAUACCAUAUAGCGAAAGUCAAUUUAUUGGAGUAUUUGGGCCAUGGAUUCAAUGUUACUCACCUUGUAAAAGAAAAUAUACAUGUUCUUUUAAAGGUCAGGAUGCAGAUGCAACAAUGGGAAUGAUAUUGCAAGACAAUAAAUGA